AUGAGCGUGGCCUCCAUUCGACUGGCUGACUACGCCUGCUUCUCUACGUUGCGCACAAAUAAAUCUGCACUCACACGAUUCCGAUCCGACACACUUUAUACCCUACGUGGACACCACUAUUCCUCAAUGGCCUCCGAAUCACUCAACUCGUCCCAAGAGGACGCCAGUCGCCGCUCGGGCGAACAAACCACUCCAUAUGCCACCCAGGCUACGGCUACACGGCCCUCAAUGUUUCCUCUGUCGUAUCGAGACGGGUUUGCUGAAUGGUGGGGCAAGCUGCCCGUCGCGCAGACCGAACACAGAGUCCUUUCCUUCCUUCCCUACUUGCGCCACGAACCGCCCACCCAUCUGCAGACGGGCACAGAAAGAAGGGGCAGCUUAGAGUCCGCAGAUCACAACCAGCAGGGCAAUAUCAGUACAAACUCCCGUGACGACCCCUAUGGCCCACGCAAAUGGAGCUCAAGUAUGGUGGAGUUGAGCGGCAAGGACCGCGCACUCAAUGAGUUCUCGGUAGAAAGAGUGGGGGAAGAAGCUGAUCAGCAUCUCGUCAUGCUGCACGGUUACGGUGCUGGUCUUGGCUUUUUCUAUAAGAACUUCGAGCCGCUCAGUCGCCUCAAGGGGUGGCAACUGCAUGCUUUGGACAUGCUGGGCAUGGGCCGGAGUACUCGUCCUUCGUUCAAAAUCAAGGCGAAGGGAAGAGAAGAUGCCAUUCGUGAAGCUGAAGCGUGGUUUGUCGACGCUUUGGAAGAGUGGCGCAUCAAGCGCAAGAUUGAUCGAUUUACUCUGCUGGGACAUAGUCUCGGAGGGUACAUGGCAGUCGCCUAUGCGCUCAAAUACCCUGGUCAUCUGAACAAACUUAUUUUGGCCUCUCCUGUUGGCAUUCCUGAGGACCCAUAUGCCGUCACCGCUGGCGUCGCUGAGCCUUCAGAAUCAACAUUGCCCAGCGAGGUUACCCAAGACCAACAGAGUGUGGUGGCACCGGUCGCUGUUCCGGGAUCAGCACCGAGAACUGCUGAUGGAAGAUUUAUCACCGGACAGCAGCCUGGAGACGGGCCAGCCCAGCCCCCACGACGAAAUAUUCCCAAGUGGUUCGCUUACUUGUGGGAUGCAAACAUCUCCCCCUUCAGCCUGAUUCGAUGGACUGGUCCUCUAGGACCUCGCCUUGUCUCUGGAUGGACUUCUCGCCGUUUCUCUCAUCUCCCAGCCGAGGAAUCCAAGGCCCUACAUGACUACUCAUAUUCGAUUUUCAGUCUGCGCGGCAGUGGUGAAUACGCAUUGGCAUAUAUCCUCGCCCCCGGUGCAUUCGCCCGAAGCCCUCUCAUUCACCGAGUCCACGGCCUCGGACGUCAAUUAAUCCACAACAACUCCCCCUUGACUCCCCUUCCUCACGCCAUCUCCGCUGCUAAAGCCUGCUCAACCCAAGCAGAGCCUACCCCCGCACCCCCAGCUCCCGCUUCUGAAUCAGAGACACCUACUAAACGCGAAAAUGGCCUUCCUGUGGUUUUCAUGUACGGUGAUCACGACUGGAUGGACGUUUCAGGCGGCCAUGCAGCCGCAGCUCGUCUAGAAGAAGAGAAGCGGAAGGUACUGGUAAAUGCUACAGUAGAGGAGCGCCAAUCAGACGAAGGCUCCUCGAAGGUGAUCGUCAUCAAGAAAGCUGGUCAUCAUCUCUACUUGGAUGGCUGGGAGGAGUUUAACAGCGUUAUCCUCGCCGAGAUGGAGGAAGUCAGCCGACGGGAGAGGGCCCGUCAGUCAUCAUGA